GAGAUACCAGCUUGUGGCGUAAUGGCACUGUGUCUGCCAGCGUGGUUGUUGUGUGCUGAAGAGGAGGAAUUCAAAGGACACCAUACAACUUCACCACAAGGAGGAGAACAAUGUACUGCGCUACUUUAUAUAUGAAGGGAUUCGAUACAUCUGGAGCGAUCGUUCUAUGGACUUCAUCAAAGUCAGCUCGUUGGAAGAUGGUCUGACAUGCGGUGAUCUGCACAAACUGAAAUCUGGCCUGAGUCAAACGGACCAUAAUACAAGGAAGCAGAUUUAUGGCCCUAAUGAAAUUGAUGUCCCUGUCAAAUCUUAUGGAAUGCUUUUGAUAGAUGAGAUUCUGAAUCCUUUCUACAUCUUCCAAGUGUUUAGCAUCAUCUUGUGGCUGUGUGAUGGUUAUUAUUACUACGCCGGCUGCAUCCUCCUGAUUUCACUUGUUUCCAUUGGCAUCUCUCUCUAUGAGACUCGAAAGCAAAGCGUGACUCUGCGCAACAUGGUGAAAGUAUCUGUGAGUCUCAAAGUGCGACGGGCAACAGGAGAGGAGUUGCUGCUAAGCUCAGAGGAGCUGGUUCCCGGAGACUGUAUCAUUCUGCCAGAGGAGGGGUUGAUGCUACCGUGUGACGCUGCUUUACUGUCUGGGGAGUGUAUGGUUAACGAGAGUCUGCUAACAGGUGAAAGUGUCCCUGAGAUGAAGACCCCUUUACCCGACAGUCCUCAGGCUGCCAGCACACUAUACUCAUCAGAAGAACACAGACGACACACACUCUUCUGUGGCACUCAAGUCAUCCAAGCCAAAACCUACCUGGAAGCAGAAGUCAUCGCUGUGGUGACCAGAACAGGUUUCUGCACUAUCAAGGGAAACCUCAUCAGCUCCAUCCUGCAUCCCAAACCUAUCAAAUUUAAGUUUUACGAGGACUCCAUCAAGUUUGUCCUCGUCCUCGCUGUAUUCGCCAUCAUCGGAAACAUUUACAGCAUUGUGAUACUGAUCAAGCACAAGGUGCUGGUUUCUCUGAUAGUGAUCCGCGCUCUGGAUCUUAUAACCAUCAUAGUCCCCCCUGCUCUGCCGGCUGCCAUGACUGUAGGUACCAUCUAUGCUCAGAACCGUCUGAACAAACAAGGCAUCUUCUGUAUCAGCCCGCCCCGGAUCAAUGUGUGCGGAAAGAUUAAGAUGGUCUGCUUUGAUAAGACAGGUACCCUGACAGAAGAGGGUCUUGAUGUCUGGGGUGUUGUUCCCUUGGAUGAAACAAGUUUUUUGCCAAUAACACAUGAGCCGCGAUGCCUUCCUGAUGGUCCAUUACUCUAUUCUCUGGCUUCCUGCCACUCAGUGUGUCUUCUGAAGGGCCAAGCUAUAGGAGAUCUUAUGGAUCUGAAGAUGUUGGACUCUACUGGCUGGAUUCUUGAAGAUGGAGACUCAAGUGAGCAAACGAAGGAGCUUUUUGGAACAAAAGUUCUAGCUGUACUGAAGCCGCCAUCUCUUGAAGAGCAGCCACAUGGACCGAAACACCGGAUUCCUAUUGGCGUGCAGCGAAGGUUCCCCUUUUCCUCUUCACUUCAGAGAAUGAGCGUCAUCGCCAAGCUGCCCAAAGAUUCUCCCUCUUAUCUGUACAUGAAAGGUGCUCCGGAGAUGGUGGCAAGUUUAUGCAGAAGUGAGACAGUACCCCCAGAUUUCUCAGCUAUGUUGCGUCAGUACACGCAGGACGGGUACCGCGUGCUGGGAUUUGCAUACAAACUGCUUAACUUCAUAAAAACUUUUGAAGAAGCUCAGAUGGUAUCAAGGGAAUCAUCAGAGUGUGAUCUCACCUUCCUGGGAUUCCUCAUCAUGAGAAACGUUCUAAAACCGGAGACUGCACCUGUCAUUUAUGGACUGCGAAAUGCCGAUAUCCGGCCAGUCAUGGUGACAGGUGAUAACAUGCUCACCGCAAUGAACGUGGCCAGAAGCUGCCAUAUGGUGGAACCUUCUGAGAAGGUUUUCUUUGUCAAUGUAUCUCCUCCUAGUCACCACAAAACCGCUACGCUGAAAUUCAUCCCAGCCGAGCCACAGCCAGGAGAGGAGAUAAGGGAGGGUUUGUACCAGCAAGGAGGAUCUUUCCUGGACAGGGGGCCCUAUCAUUUUGCAAUGAAUGGAAAGUCCUUCGCCAUCUUGUGUGAUUACUUCCCUGACAUGCUGCCUAAAAUACUUAUUAAUGCCACAAUAUUUGCCCGGAUGUCUCCUGAGCAAAAAACACAAUUAGUGCAGAAUUUCCAAGAACUAAAUUACUGUGUAGCAAUGUGUGGGGACGGAGCUAAUGACUGCGGAGCGCUAAAAGCCGCCGACGUAGGCAUCUCGCUGUCUGAUGCAGAAGCAUCUGUGGCCUCUCCAUUCACCUCCAAAAUAAAUAACAUUGAGUGUGUUCCAGCUGUUAUCAGGGAGGGGCGCUGCUCUCUGGAGACAUCAUUUGAGAUGUUUAAGUACAUGGCCCUGUAUAGCUUCACCCAGUUCAUAUCUGUGCUGAUCCUUUAUAGUAUCAACAGUAACCUUGGGGAUCCACAAUUCCUUCUCAUUGACCUGGUGAUCACCACCUCAAUGGCUGUGUUGAUGGGGAAAACUGGUCCGGCCAAUGAACUGGGGAUAAAACGCCCCUUGGCAACUCUAAUCAGCAUCACCGUGUUGGGAAGCCUGGUCAUACAGACCCUGCUCAUCUUAGCCACACAACUCAUGGCGUUCUUUAUAACACAUUCUCAGGACUGGUAUGUUCCUAUAAAUGGUUCCACUGGUGUGCCGCUGAACCUUCCAAAUUAUGACAAUACGGCUGUAUUCUGUUUGUCCACUUACCAGUAUCUUAUCCUCGCUGUGGUGUUGUCCAAGGGAUACCCCUUCCGCAAACCGUUAUACACCAAUGUGCUUUUCCUGCUUCUGCUAAUCGUGCUGUUGGCGAUGCUGCUGUGGAUCACACUCUUCCCUCUCGGGUUCAUGGUUUCUCUACUGCAGCUCAAGGUCAUAGACGACAUUAACUUCAAGCUGGUGCUGAUAGGAAUGGUCGCCGUUAACUUUAUAGCCGCCUACCUAAUGGAGACUUUACUGGACCACGGAUACCUAAACUGUUUGCGACAUCUGCGAAAGAAAAGAGAGUCCAAAAAGUUGUACAAGAGACUACAGAGUGACCUGCGUGCACAGUCCACGUGGCCUCCGGUCAAUGUGGUUCUACACCGCAGUCCCAGAGAUUCCUGGCCAAUCAGGUAGCAGGAACUAUACAUCUUAUCACAAGAAGGAUCACCACUGCAAAUUAGGUCAUAAAUCUCCCAGGAUCACUUCCAGCCAUUUUGUUCACCUUCUGUGGAAAAUUUACUUGGGUCUUUGGAGAAUUCAAAAUAUUUGCACAUAAAUAUUAUCAAAGCUACAACACAAAGUGGAAUUUUGAUCUGAAGGAAGGACAUGGAAAAAAAUAUUUUUAUUGUAAUUUUUUUUAAAAUACUGAGUCACUAAUUUCCAGCAUAAAGAAGCCAAAGCCAGAUCCGACUGUCUAACUGCGCACCAGUGGGGAAACUACUUGAAAAUGAAUGCUGUUUAUUUUGUUCUUUUAUACGUGAGUGGGGUCUAUUUAUAAGAGCUGUGUGCCAGCCUCAGAUGCCCAAAGAAAUUUAAUAAGUUUGUCAUGGAAGAAGGACACUGCUUUUUAUUGCUCUCAGUAGGCUCUUAUAAAUAGACCUCAGAAUACCUCAUACCUGUGAAACAAGUGUUUUUAUCUGUUUUUAUUUAGCUACUUUGAGACAAAAGCUGAGCUGUGAAGAGGUGGUCAUUUCCUGUCUCUUGUGUGAUAAAAAAGAGGAGCAAUGAUUUUCUACUGGAACUAAAAGCCCAAUAGAAUCACAUAUAUCACAUGAAACAUAAAUAUAAAGUAUACAAAUACAGACAUGCUAGCAAACCUAGCUGCAGUCAGAGAAAAUAAAAUUAACGUAACUCACCCUGA